AUGGAAGACCACUCUCAGGUUGUGAACAUGAUGGUCAAUAGUGAGAAAGAUUGGAGACCUUACAUGGACAUGGAAUUUGAUACACUUGAUGAGGCUUGGGAGCAUUGGUGCCAUUAUGGAAAACAAGUUGGAUUCUCGACAAGAAAGAGUUUUUUAAAUAGAAGCAAGUUAGAUGAAAAAGUUACAACAAGGGGAUUCGUAUGUUCUAAACAUGGUGUCCGUUUAGAAGAUAAACGCAGGGUUCAUAGCAGCCAUAGAGAUGAGACAAGAACAAAUUGUCAUGCAAGGCUACUUGUUCAAUUGAAACGAGAAAGUGGUAAGUAUGUAGUAUAUGAUUUUGUCGCUGAACAUAAUCAUCAACUUCACCUUCCACAAACCACAUAUAUGAUGAGAUCGCAGAGAAAAAUUUCUGAAGUUCAAGCUUGUGCCAUUGAUUUAGUACGUAGUGCUGGAAUAAAGCCUAAGGACGCACAUGAGUUGAUGAGUAGAGAGGCUGGUGGCAGGGAUAGCCUUGGAUACAUUGCAAGUGAUCAUAAAACUUAUCUCAGAACAAGAAGAGAGAAAGCUAUGAAGUAUGGGGAAGCUGGCUGCAUUUUAAGGUACUUUCAAAAUGAACAAAUUAAAAAUCCUUCAUUUCAUUAUGUGGCUUAA